AUGGGCCCGCCCCCCUCAGCUGCCGCGUCUCCCGCAGUGGGCGCGCGCAGGCGGCAUAUGGAGCGGGUGCUGCGCGCCGAGCUGCCGUGGAUGGGGGGCGCGCUGGACCCGCUGGUGGUGCGGAUCAUGCGGGAGGUGGUGGAGAUAGAGGAGAAAAUGAGAGAGGGGGAGGGCGUGAGCGAGCUGGGGGAGAAAGGAGGGCAGGGGGAGAACGAGGAGGCACUGGAGGGGGUCGACCGGGAACAUGGGGAGGAUGAGGACGAUGGUUAUCUAGACGAGAGCCCAGGAGCGGAGGCGAUAGAGGCGUGGUUCCGCGUGGCCUACUUGAGCCGAGAGAGGAAGCGGAUGGACGGGGAAGGCUGUUUGCGCGCCUUUGCUGCUCGGCAGAUGGCAGUGAAAUUGAUUACAGCGUACAGAGGGGCGUGCAGAGAGUGCUGGUUACCACGAGCGGACUGCACGUGUGACGAGGUCUCGCCCAACCCCUCCCUGCUUACAAACGUGGUCAUCUGGCUUUACAUGCACCCCAAGGAGAGGGGAAGUAUUGCCUUGCACUGCAUGCUCCUUGCUGUGCACUUUCCCUCCCUCUUUCCCCCGCCCUCUUUCCCCCGCCCUUCCUCUCUCCCUCCCUCCCUCCCUCCCUCCCUCCCUCCCUCCCUCCCUCCCUCCCUCCCUCCCUCCCUCCCUCCCUCCCUCCCGCCCUCCCUCCCUCCCUACCUCCCUCCCUCCCUCCCUCCCUCCCUCCCUCCCUCUUUCCCCCGCCCUUCCUCUCUCCCUCCCUCCCUCCUCCCUCCCUCCCUCCCUCCCUCCCUCCCUCCCUCCCUCCCUCCCUCCCUCCCUCCCUCUCUCCCUCCCUCCCUCCCUCCCUCCCUCUUCCUCCCCCACUUCCCUCCCUCCCUCCCUUUUACCCCCUCCCUCCCUCCUCCCUCUUUUCCCCCGCUCCCUCCCUCCGUCCCUCCCACUUUCCCCCUUCUCCCUCCCUCCCUCCCUCCCUCCCUUCCCCCCCCUCUUCCCUCCCUCCCUCCCUCCCUCCCUCCCUCCCUCCCUUUCCCUCUUCUCCCUUCUUCCCCAUCUCCUCCUCAUUACGCACUGCCUCGGUCCCCCUGGCUGCCCUGCCCUCACCUGCAUGAGCUUCUCUGCCGCAACUGCCAAGGCAAGCUGCUGUGGCAGUCGCAGCAACACAGGCAAGCUGCUGUGGUAGGUCUUUCUGCGGCGCUGCAACACAGGCAAGCUGCUGUGGCAGGUGCUGGGGGGUCAGCACUCCCUACCUAUCCCCUGUCCGUGUCCCCCACCCUUGUCCCCCACUCUGUCUCACUUCCUUGUGCGCCCCCACCCUCACGUCUGCAGGACGUUCUGCGGCGCAACAACACGGGCAAGCUGCUGUGGCAGGUGCUGGGGAAGGGUGUGUGUAAUGUCUUUCACUGCAUGCUCGCUCCAUCUCCUAUCAUUUUUCACUCCCUCUGUCUCACGCCUGCAGGACUUUCUUCGGCGCAACAACACGGGCAAGCUGCUGUGGCAGGUGCUGGGGGGUGA